UGACAUGGAAGAAGAAAACACGAGACCUCGGGAGGGAAAAUCCCUUUUGAGCAUCUAAACUUUUCAUACUUGGACAACCAACGACACUUUUACUCAAGCCAAGUUCACAAAUUAUUUUAUCAUUCACUAUCUUAAAAAUUUAACCUUUUAUUUUGGCUCAUUUUGAUAAAUAAAUGUGGAUCUGGCGCGCUUACGUCACACCGGAAGUGUAUAAUCCGGUGUUGUCAGUAAAGAGCAACGUGUGUUUGGUUUGGCAUGAAGAUAGGAUUAGGAUUUUCUUUUUAUUAAGAGUGGGUUUUUAAUCGCUGUUAGCUGCUUGAUUAUAAUGUCCCAGGCUACCAAACGUAAACACGUCGUCAAGGAAGUUCUUGGAGACUUCGUCACGCCGACAGAAACCCAGCAAAUUGUAAAGGCAAGUAGACCACGAUAUGGAUUUAAUGUCGACAUUUCUCUGAGUAAUGAUAACGAGCAUUUGCUCACAUUACAACCUUCCUUUUCCAUUUUGUGUGAUCUCUAUUUGUGCGCUGAUAGAUCACCGGUAGCCGUGGUAACAACCUCCAUGAAACUGUCACGGCCCAGGGGGAGACCUUCCUGGUCAGCAUGCCCACCAAAUUUCGCAAGAACAUCUGGAUCAAGAGAGGUACAUCCUAGAGUGGGUGGGGUGAGAUUAGAGAUUAGAUUUUGAAGUUUAAAUGAGGUGUGUUUGACUCAUGUCAUCUACACUGAACCUGAUGAGUCUGUUAUUGAUGGCAUCAUCAUCUCACUUGUCAAGCUUUCAUUUAUCUGAGCAACACACCACCACAGCAGAAACAUCUGAACGAUCCAAAAAUGUUCUUAAAAUUUUCUAGAUUGUCAUCAGGUCACCGGGUUUACUCUGAAUGCUUUUACAAGUAGGACAGAUCCUCUUGUAGAAUAUCUGUUUAGGCAGCAUAACUUUAUAGCCCAGCAUUUAAUUGUUCAUAUGUGAAGAUGUGAAACGCUUAUGUGUUUAUUUUACCUGAGAUGUAUUACGCAGGAGAACAGGAUCCUUCAUUUCUCUCUGUGUCUAACUGGUCAGCUGCAGUAAUUGUUUAUCAUCGCCUGUCUAGAGUUGGAGCUCUUAAAGCCGGGGUUCUUAAGGACACACAGAAGCAGCACUUUGAUGAUGUUUGUUACAGCAAUCAAUUGUUAAUAUUGAGGUGUGAUCUGAUUGGCAAAAUCAUACCCCUCAGUCCUACAAAGAAUACACAAAUGUAUGAGUUUCUGCCUGCUGAGAGGGGGAUUUUCCUUUCCUCUUCUGUAGGCUGUUGCCUCAUGGUGAAAUUUUGUCACCUCUGUAUAGUUGAUAUCAUAAUGGACUGGUUAUAUUAAUAAAAUGACCUGAAAUUGCAGUUACUUCUACGCUUGUGAUAUAAUCUACUUUACGUGACACAAAGGCACUGUGACUCAAUGUAAAAAAAUAUAACUCUGUAAACUUGAACUGGCAUGAAAAAAUCUUCUUUCCGUCUCUUAAAUAUAUAUAACCAUAAUAUUUUACUUCUGCAAGAACGACCACAACAGCUGUACAUAUAGAAUUUUUCUCUAGUUGUUUUAUGAGUUUGGUAUAUCGAGCUUUUUAACAGCACUAUAUAAUAACAUGAAACUAGUUGAAAUUUGUUCAUUAAACUAAUGACUGACAAAUCUGCCGUGUACUGAUAUCUCAAUAAAAUCUAUCUGCUCUCUGACCUCUAAGGUGACUUUGUGAUCGUUGAUCCCAUCGAAGAAGGAGAGAAAGUGAAAGCAGAAAUCAGUUUCAUUCUCUACAAAGAUCACAUUCAGUAUCUGCAGCAAGAGCAACUCUGGUAAGUUUGAACAGACUGGACAGCGGUAAUUUUACAUGUUAUCAUGUAUGUUUGUUAUGUUUCAUCUUCGACUCUCUCCACAGGCCAGAGGGAUUUAUGGAGGGGCUGUCCGAACAGGAUAGGACACACAAAGAGCAGGGAAAAGAAGAGGACACAGUACAGGAAGAGGAAGUGAGCGACUCUGAAGAUGAUGAGAGCGACCUUUUUGUGAACACCAACCGCUGUAACUAUCAGUACAGCGAGAGUGAAGAUGAGGAAAGUGAGGAGGAGGAGGAAGAGGAGGAGAAGAAAAAAGAGAGGACAGAAAAUGCAUCUUAGUGGUUUGCUAAAGACAAGGACAAUCUAAAUGAAGAGGUGUGGUGAUCGUGGGACAUCGUGCUCAGCUGUCCUGCUGUUGUCACUGACUGACCUGAUGAUGUUUUGUACAGAUGGUCCUUGUGCAGCAGCUUCCUCUGCAUUUCAUGUAUAAAACCCCGACAUGUUUCUCAAAUGCUCUUGGCCUAAGAACAAAACAAGUCUCGCUCCUGACAACAAAAGAUAAGUGUUGUAAUCAGUCAGUCAUACAGCGUUACUUUUGCAAAUUGCAGGUUAAAGUCAUUGGAAAGGAUUCUAUCUGUUUAUCACUUAAGUCACUACAGGAGUUUUGACAGCUCACAAAAACUGAAUGAAAAGUGUUUGUUCUCGUAAAUGACUGAAGACGUUUCUGUUAUUCCGGAACUCAGGGGUGUGGUCAGAAUUUGAACACCUUUCUAGUUUUACCAGUCCUGACUAAGGAAUCUUGUUUGAGCAUGCCGGAUCCUUGUUGCCCUUAUCUUGAGCCUUUUGUAGUUUGGAUUUAUUUGUGAAUGAUUUGCAGCCACCAUGUUGUACUUAACAGCUGGCCUUUGGGACUACUUGGUGCGUCACCCUUCACUGACAUUCCUUACCAAGAUCCUGGUUGAGUGAUAAUAGAGAUAUUUCAAGAUUACUUCUUGAACUAUGUUAUCAUCACCCUGGAGUUCUGCUGUCUGUCUAUCUCUCUCUCUCUCUCUCUCUCUUCAAGCACUCAACAUUUUUUCAUCUUUCAGAAUGGCUCUCUCUUUGUCUUUAUUUAAAGAGGUAUUCCUCCAAAAAAGUUGUACAAAAGUGAGCAAGCAUGGAAAAUGGAAAUAAAUAUUUUUCUCAUGUGCUGCCUGUGAAUUCCUAGAGUACUUGCUCACAAUGUGGCUUACUGCCCAUGGCGUACAUCUGUGAGUAGUUCACUGCCACUGCCCGUGGAACCAGUUUUUUGGGAUCUCGGAGGUUGGAACACAAUUUACCCUGAGGAGAGGGGAACUACAAGUUUCUCAGAUAACGUAAUCUAAAUUCGGGACAAGCCUGAUAGUUAAACUUGGUUACUGUUGAAGCAGAGUUUACAUCUUCAGGAAGCCUGGAGUGCUGAUUAAAAGGUUUCACUCCAAAUACUGAUGCUUUACCUUUGAAAUUACUGUCAUUUUAGGGGUGCACAGAAAGCCUGGUGAUUUAGUGCAUCCAACAUAUUAGGACCGCAGUUGCUGGUUCAAGUGUGGUCCCAACCAUGUGCUGCACGUCCCUCAUUUUUCAUCUUAGCCUUUUUAAUAAAGAUGAAAAAUGCCCAAAAAAGUAGCUUUAAAAAUUACUAUCAUUUUGCAACAGACGUCGGCAUAAACGGCUCCUACUUCAUUUGUAAAGUGUGCUGAGACUUUGUCGUGUAUCAAGUUCAUCCAGAAGCUGUGAGGCCAAAUAUACUGAUUUGGUUUCAGGGCAUUGACAGAUACUAUUUACCUUUUAAGAAAACCAAAAAAAACGUCAGAUACAGAUGCUAUCUAUCACAACAACUCUGUGACUAUUACAAAUAUUAUAUCAUUUGAAUGAAGAGAUUAAAAGAACCAGAUGAUGAAACACGUUAUUGUGCACUCCAUGAACAUGAAAUCAGAGAACAGCUUUAUUGUAAUCAUUAUUAUUCACAGACAAUGUCACAUUCACAGCCUUUGUAUAGAGAGAAAUGUCUUUUGAGAGCCAAGAAAAAUGUAGAAACAGACACUGAUUCAAUGUCUAUUUACUCCUCUUUUUCCUUUUUUGUGUUGUUUUCAGUAGUACGGCUCUUUACUUCACAUACUUGGAUUAUUUAUUUCAUGUAAUAUGUUUCAGUUAUUUUUUGUCACACCAGCACAUCCAUGUAUCACAAUAUAAAUAUUUGCAUUUGUGUCUAAAGAGAGGGUUUUGAGUACUUGUUAGGGUUUAAACUAAUAAAUCACACAUUUAGAGACCUUAA